CCUGCUGGUGACCAGGAGCAGGCGAGAGGGCUUCACACAAAUAAUAGUGAUAAUAAAGAGUAAAAGCAAAGCAUUUAAAUCGAGCUAUUGCAGAAGACAGAAAUCAGCUGCCGCGGGCGUGGGUGUGUGUACAGGAUGGGGGAGAAUUGGGAAAGUAUUUAUCUCGGAGGGGCGGAGACAGCUGCAAGAAGACUUUUGUCUUAGCAUUGUUUUAGCCUUAGGAAAGGAAAAGGCCCGAAGGAAUCCACCUUGCAACUAUCUGCUAUGUCUUUGUGGUGGAAGCUUAGUUUUGCCUUCAAUUUAAUUUGAUGAUUGUUUUCUUUCAUAUUUGGGGAAGAGCCACUCUGUUGGAAGAAGUCCCCGAGCCUGGCACCCUUCAGUUUUCCCUAUGCUGAAUGUGAGGUUUAAACUGCCUUCUCUUCGUAAUACACUGUUUCUGAAGGCCAGAGGCUGCGGCCAGUGGCACCGUGGCCUCUCUCUCCGCCAAGGGGGCAUAGGCUUUGGGCCACCCGGGUGCCAGAGGUGGUGGAAGACCCAGUCAGUUGUUCCUUGCAACAGGUCUCUAAGCUUGUACGUUACAACAUAAGGUGGGUGGGGUCGGAACCCCGAAAAGCCGGCGUCCUGGACACCCCAUCCUCCAGGUGUUCUUUCCCAGACACUGGGGUCCUCGCCGCCGCUGCUGAACUUCUCAAUCAUAUGACUUUCUCGGACUUAAAUGGAAAUUUCUUGACGGAGGGAACUGGGUUUGUUCUCCCAGGCUUCGCGCUGCAGUCAGGCAGAGCCCCGGGGCAGCUCGCUCACCGCGGAGGAGCCACUUUGGAGCUUUACGCCCUUUCCACACCCCACCCAUGGACUGGAAAGGAUGUUCAGUUACUCGCGAGCUUGUCUGAUACUGGGAUGGAAAGUCACAGUCCGCAGGCUGGAGUGAGGCGCGGGAAGAUGCCUGGUCCUUGCCUCGCGGACUUGGCAGCCGCGUCCUUCGGGUCUGUCCACUGAACUGCUGAGGACUCGCCCGUGUGCGGGGACCCGAGUGCCACUUCCCGGAGCGUUACCUUGCGCUCCAGCCUCCAGGCUAGCUAAUACCUGGAGGGCAGGGCAGGGCUGUUCCCGCUCUCACCCCUUGCGGAAGGAUGGCAGGAUCCGACGCAGCGGCGUAGCAGCGGGAGAGCACAGCGACCUGCAUCUCCAGUUUCUCCUCAGGACACAAGGCUGACUUCACCUUCCGGACAGCUGCAAAGCCCCUGCCAGAACCAAACCGAACUCGCGCCUCGGAGAGGGGCUUCUGGGGCCGGUUCGCUGCAGGGCGUGGGGAGUGGAGAGAGGGAAGGGGAAGCCUGGGGCUGGGUGUGCGCGCGUGGGAGCGCGCCUCGGAGCGCCCCGCACUCCCCCACUCUAUCCCCGGGGGCAGUUUGGGAAGCAGGGAGUGGUAGUCGCGGGAAUGAGGGAGCAAGAGAAACCCUCUCAAAGUGACGCCCCAAACAGGUCCGGAUUUAGAAUUCGAAGCUAAAGGCUGUUAGAAAUUGGGACUCCUCGGCCUCCUCUGCAGCCCCUCCUUUCCCGCCCCGAAGCCCGGGCGGUUUGCUGGCUGCCUGCUUCCCCGCCCCCGGCUCAGAGGUCUCUGGCUGGCGGGCGCCCCGUCGGCCGCCGGCUUCCUCCUUGAAACCCGCCGGCGCACAUGAGGCCGCUGCCCCCGCCGCAGGCGCUGGCGGCCCCCUCGCGGUGCCCGUGGUGAUGCCAUGCCCCGCCACCACGCGGGAGGAGAGGAGGGCGGCGCCGCCGGGCUCUGGGUGAAGAGCGGCGCAGCGGCGGCGGCGGCGGGCGGGGGGCGCUUGGGCAGCGGCAUGAAGGAUGUGGAGUCGGGCCGGGGCAGGGUGCUGCUGAACUCGGCAGCCGCCAGGGGCGACGGCCUGCUACUGCUGGGCACCCGCGCGGCCACGCUCGGUGGCGGCGGCGGUGGCCUGAGGGAGAGCCGCCGGGGCAAGCAGGGGGCCCGGAUGAGCCUGCUGGGGAAGCCGCUCUCUUACACGAGUAGCCAGAGCUGCCGGCGCAACGUCAAGUACCGGCGGGUGCAGAACUACCUGUACAACGUGCUGGAGAGACCCCGCGGCUGGGCGUUCAUCUACCACGCUUUCGUUUUUCUCCUUGUCUUUGGUUGCUUGAUUUUGUCAGUGUUUUCUACCAUCCCUGAGCACACAAAAUUGGCCUCAAGUUGCCUCUUGAUCCUGGAGUUCGUGAUGAUUGUCGUCUUUGGUUUGGAGUUCAUCAUUCGAAUCUGGUCUGCGGGUUGCUGUUGUCGGUAUAGAGGAUGGCAAGGAAGACUGAGGUUUGCUCGAAAGCCCUUCUGUGUUAUAGAUACCAUUGUUCUUAUCGCUUCAAUAGCAGUUGUUUCUGCAAAAACUCAGGGUAAUAUUUUUGCCACGUCUGCACUCAGAAGUCUCCGUUUCCUGCAGAUCCUCCGCAUGGUGCGCAUGGACCGAAGGGGAGGCACUUGGAAAUUACUGGGUUCAGUGGUUUAUGCUCACAGCAAGGAAUUAAUCACAGCUUGGUACAUAGGAUUUUUGGUUCUUAUUUUUUCGUCUUUCCUUGUCUAUCUGGUGGAAAAGGAUGCCAAUAAAGAGUUUUCUACAUAUGCAGAUGCUCUCUGGUGGGGCACAAUUACAUUGACAACUAUUGGCUAUGGAGACAAAACUCCCCUAACUUGGCUGGGAAGAUUGCUUUCUGCAGGCUUUGCACUCCUUGGCAUUUCUUUCUUUGCACUUCCUGCCGGCAUUCUUGGCUCAGGUUUUGCAUUAAAAGUACAAGAACAACACCGCCAGAAACACUUUGAGAAAAGAAGGAACCCAGCUGCCAACCUCAUUCAGUGUGUUUGGCGUAGUUACGCAGCUGAUGAGAAAUCUGUUUCCAUUGCAACCUGGAAGCCACACUUGAAGGCCUUGCACACCUGCAGCCCUACCAAGAAAGAACAAGGGGAAGCAUCAAGCAGUUGGGGACAGUGGACAUUGCGUCAGAAGCUAAGUUUUAAGGAGCGAGUGCGCAUGGCUAGCCCCAGGGGCCAGAGUAUUAAGAGCCGACAAGCCUCAGUAGGUGACAGGAGGUCCCCAAGCACCGACAUCACAGCCGAGGGCAGUCCCACCAAAGUGCAGAAGAGCUGGAGCUUCAACGACCGAACCCGCUUCCGGCCCUCGCUGCGCCUCAAAAGUUCUCAGCCAAAACCAGUGAUAGAUGCUGACACAGCCCUUGGCACUGAUGAUGUAUAUGAUGAAAAAGGAUGCCAGUGUGAUGUAUCAGUGGAAGACCUCACCCCACCACUUAAAACUGUCAUUCGAGCUAUCAGAAUUAUGAAAUUUCAUGUUGCAAAACGGAAGUUUAAGGAAACGUUACGUCCAUAUGAUGUAAAAGAUGUCAUUGAACAAUAUUCUGCUGGUCAUCUGGACAUGUUGUGUAGAAUUAAAAGCCUUCAAACACGCGUUGAUCAAAUUCUUGGAAAAGGGCAAAUCACAUCAGAUAAGAAGAGCCGAGAGAAAAUAACAGCAGAACAUGAGACCACAGACGAUCUCAGUAUGCUCGGUCGGGUGGUCAAGGUUGAAAAACAGGUACAGUCCAUAGAGUCCAAGCUGGACUGCCUACUAGACAUCUAUCAACAGGUCCUUCGGAAAGGCUCUGCCUCAGCCCUCGCUUUGGCUUCAUUCCAGAUCCCACCUUUUGAAUGUGAACAGACAUCUGACUAUCAAAGCCCUGUGGAUAGCAAAGAUCUUUCGGGUUCUGCACAAAACAGUGGCUGCUUAUCCAGAUCAACUAGUGCCAACAUCUCGAGAGGCCUGCAGUUCAUUCUGACGCCAAAUGAGUUCAGUGCCCAGACUUUCUACGCGCUUAGCCCUACUAUGCACAGUCAAGCAACACAGGUGCCAAUUAGUCAAAGCGAUGGCUCAGCAGUGGCAGCCACCAACACCAUUGCAAACCAAAUAAAUACGGCACCCAAGCCAGCAGCCCCAACAACUUUACAGAUCCCACCUCCUCUCCCAGUCAUCAAGCAUCUGCCCAGGCCAGAAACUCUGCACCCUAACCCUGCAGGCUUACAGGAAAGCAUUUCUGACGUCACCACCUGCCUUGUUGCCUCCAAGGAAAAUGUUCAGGUUGCACAGUCAAAUCUCACCAAGGACCGUUCUAUGAGGAAAAGCUUUGACAUGGGAGGAGAAACUCUGUUGUCUGUCUGUCCCAUGGUGCCGAAGGACUUGGGCAAAUCUUUGUCUGUGCAAAACCUGAUCAGGUCGACCGAGGAACUGAAUAUACAACUUUCAGGGAGUGAGUCAAGUGGCUCCAGAGGCAGCCAAGAUUUUUACCCCAAAUGGAGGGAAUCCAAAUUGUUUAUAACUGAUGAAGAGGUGGGUCCAGAAGAGACAGAGACAGACACUUUUGAUGCCGCACCGCAGCCUGCCAGGGAAGCUGCCUUUGCAUCAGACUCUCUAAGGACUGGAAGGUCACGAUCAUCUCAGAGCAUUUGUAAGGCAGGAGAAAGUACAGAUGCCCUCAGCUUGCCUCAUGUCAAACUGAAAUAAGUUCUUCAUUUUCUUUCCAGGCAUAGCAGUUCCUUUAGCCAUACAUGUCAUUGCAUGAACUAUUUCGAAAGCCCUUCUAAAAAGUUGAAAUUGCAAGAAUCGGGAAGAACAUGAAAGGCAGUUUAUAAGCCCGUUACCUUUUAAUUGCAUGAAAAUGCAUGUUUAGGGAUGGCUAAAAUUCCAAGGUGCAUCGACAUUAACCCACUCAUUUAGUAAUGUACCUUGAGUUAAAAAGCCUGAGAAACCAAACACAGCUAAUGCUAUGGGGUGUAUGAAUAUGUCAAGUUUAGGUCAUUUAGAAGAUUUGACACUGUAUUUUGAAAUUAUGGGAGUAAACACCUUCAAAUUUCAGGCAUUUCUGCUUUGUGACUAAAUACAAACUACAUUUUCAAGAUUAGGCCAUAAUGUAUAUUUAAACACAAUGGCUAUCAACAGCUGCUAAUAAGGUAUCAACUAAAGCAGAAUUGGGGAAUAAUAGAAAUGGCUGCUUAUUUCAAGAUAUAUUUGCCAACCCAUUCCUAUUCAGUCAUUUUAUUAUUAAUGUAAUUUGAAUGUCAAUUUGUGUGCUUUUGGUGAUUUAGCGCUGUGGCAAGCAAUUUUGCACAUCAUUUUCAUGUUGUUCUUUAUGACAAGAAUGUUCUUCAAUUAGAAAAUGUGCAAAUAAUGAAAUUCAGGGCCAGUGGGGCAAAUAGACUAUCUGACAUAUUUGACUUUAUGAAAAUAUAUUGCCUGAUGGCAGAAUCAACUUUAUAAGUGGUCAACUUCUACACAAGCGUAUGAAAUACUGGUCAGUAGAACAGCCAUUGUGAUUGGACUGGUUUCUCUGCAAUGGCGCCAACCCCAGGCUUGCCAAUACUGCCUAUGUAAAGGGCAAGUGUGAGAAGCUAUUCUCAUUUCGCUGACAUACAGGUAGGACUAUGGGGGAUGGGACAUUUGAGUGGGACUGAGAUAGGAAAGGCUUGAAAAGAACCCAGAAACACCACCAGGAAGUUGGCAAAGUAAAAGAAAAUGACUUCCCCCUCAAAGGGCAAUGAGAGGGAGAGAAACAAACCAAAAUAGAAGAACUAGACUUUUUAGAAAAUGAGUAUUGCUAGGGAAUUCAACUACCUAAUCUUCCCUUAUUCUUAUAUAUAAGCAGAGAAUUUUUGCAAGGUAUUUAUUUUUUAAUAUGCCCUGAAUGUCUUUUGCUAUUAUGUGUACAUUUUGCAUAUGAAAGUCUAAAACGAAACUUCCUUUACUUUUUAUACUGUAGUGAAAAUUUUCUAUUCUUCCCAAGAAUGUUGUCCCAAAUCUGAAAUUACUGGUUCAAUUUCCUUAUAUAAACAUUUACAAUUAGAAGCUAGAUAGUACUGGCAGGGUCUGCAAAUCACAACACUUAAAUAUAUCAUGGCAGCAAAAACACCAAGGGAAACAAAAUGACAAAUGUAUUUAUCAGAAAGCAAGCAAUGCUGACUGCUUGUUAGAAACCCAUCUAGCUAUCUUAGGUCAUCAGAACUUCAGCCAACGUAAUGACAUUCAAAAAAAAAGGACAUAAGAGAUAGCAUUUCAAUUCAAUUAAACCCUAGCCACAGGAGGACUCAAGAAAGGAAGUUGUUUCCUUGGCAGACAUUAAUGCUGCCUCCAGAAGUACUUCACAGGAGGACUCAAGAAAGGAAGUUGUUUCCUUGGCAGACAUUAAUGCUGCCUCCAGAAGUACUUCUCCAGCAGCCAAGCAGAAUGAGCAGGGUUAUCAAGUGGAUGUUCAAAGGAAGAAGGAGGCCCUGAACUCCACCAAUCCUCCCCAGCCCUCCCCAACAGGCUUUCUCCAUCAUUGACUCUCCCCUGCUUUUCUUCUUCAUUAACUCCUUAUUCAUUCCCUGCCAGUAUUUUGCUUCUGAACUUCACCAGGCCUUAACCAGCCUCCAUCCCCAGGUCAACCAGUUCUCCGCUUUACCUAAAAUGUCCUUCUCAACCUUUUAGAACCUUGUCCCUUUUGAUAAACACGGAAAUUUUUAAAGCUUCCUCUUCGCAUCCCACUUGGAUUCUAAGACAAUUAGAAUCAUUUAGAAUCUUUUUGGCUGCUGGAAACAUAUAGAAGAUAGAGGCUAAAUUUUACACUUCAGUUAAGACAUUGUCAAUCCUUUUAAGCAAUUGUUUUCAUUUUCAAAAUACAGAAUGUUAGUAAAUUAUGAAAAUCAAUUUUUCAUCUUCAUUCAACCUGAAGUUGUGAUUCCCCCUCGCAAGAACGUUGCAUACACACACACAUACACACACACACACACACCCCUCCACUGACCUAAAGCCAGAACCUGCCAUGACUGGGCAGGCUCUCUCCCAUUAUUAACAGAGGAAGAGGAGGGAGGCAGCAACUUUCAGGUAGCACUGAUUCUUGGACAUACUCUGUCCUGGGUCGAACCCCACUGGCAGCAGGAAUUCUGAAUGUAUUGGGGACCCCUCCUUAGGCCUCGUUAAGUCUCAAACACAGUACAGCUCACCCAGCAUUGCUGAAGACUGAAGAUUCAGAAACAAAACCUACGCACAGCACUGAGGUCUUAAUCAUAGCAAAAUGUGAUAAACCAUGUUGUGAAAAACUUUUAUACAUUGAAGCCAUGACCAUUUUGUGUCUAUCUUACUCUAGCACAAAAAUUGGGGGAUGUUAAAAGAUAGUUGUGUGGAAGCUAUAAGGUUCUGUCUGUCAUGUUACUCUCUGUGGAAAUGAGAGGGGUCUCCCAUUUACACUAAGCAAAUUUCCAUUGGUCAAUUUUAAUGAUGUCUUGAAGCACAAUUUAGCUGAGCACUGAGUAGCCAUAUGCUUUCUGAGUACAAGUGUGUCUGCCUUCUUCAACAUGUAGGGUUGAUCAAGCUAAUACUUAAUUGCAAAUAUCCCUUGUAUGAGGUUAACUAAAAAAAUUUUGCUAUGUCUGAUCUACAUGUUUGCAUUUUGUUCAACUAAAUUAAUAUUUGUAGAUUGCAAGUUUUGUUUAAAAUAACUUUAUUGAGUUUUUAAGUCCUGAUCUGUUCUAAGGUGCCUUUCUCACCUCCCAUUGAUUCAGUGAUUCUGAAGUUCUUAAUUUGCAAGUAAAAUAAGUCUACUAGAGAGGAGGAAAUCAGGCACAAAGUGACCAAUUCUCAUGCCAUUUGCAAAGCAAAACUGUAAGGAUGAUGAAACCUGGCUAACUAAAUUAAUGGAUCAUUUCACUAAAUCAGAUAGAGGAAAUAUCAUAAAUAUUAACUUGUCUCCCUAGAAGCUGAUAUUUUUCGCCUUAAAUGACAUGGUUGUGUUUUUGUAAGAGAAACUUAAUCUAAUCUAAUAAUGUGCAUUUAAGUAAGCAGUUCUAAGUCAUGUAUGACAAUGCAAUUGUCUGUUUCCUGAAAACAAAUAAAUCGGGAACACCAUAUCCAUUUCAAGCUAUCAUUAAAGUGUAAUUUCCUUUGCUCUCUUUUACUGGGAUUAUUUGUUUUAAAGUAAAACAUUAAAAAGAUGUCUAUAAACAGCUAGUGUGACUAUUUUUAUCUGGAACUAACUAGUUGGUUCUGAACUGACUGGACCAAGUCAACCAAACUGACUGUAUACAGAUUUUGGACUGAAAUAUAAAAAUUAUCUUUUUGCAGUGUUACAGAAGAAGUCUUUGGUAUUUUGGGAAGGGGGGAGAUUUGCAUAUGCUCCUGGGGUUUUUGUGAGAAAUAUUAAUUUGAAAUUGAUUGUAACUCAGAUACCACGCAUGUGAGUUUUGUGUUAUCUAUAAUAAAGGGAUUUGCUAAA